CGGAAGUUGGUCAGGCUGCCUCUGCUGCUCAAGGUGUUCUUACUCUUCACUUGGAGAUGGCGGCUCCCCAGUUCACCCUCCUUGUCCUCAUGGUUGCCUUGCUUGCUUGCCCUGUGACUACUUAUCACAAUGGAAGAGUACCAAUGGCCUGUGGUGGGAUGAUCCCCCAGCAUAACCACAGCCCACAGUCUGAGCCUAUUCACCAAAUCACAGUGAGUCAGAUGACGUUCAAACCCGGAGACCAGAUCAAAGUUACUUUGUCAGGACCAGAAUUUAGAGGCUUUCUUUUAGAAGCUCGGGAUGCUGAGGAUUUGAGCGGCUCUCCUAUUGGCUCCUUCACUCUGAUUGACAGAGAAGAGUCACAGCUUCUGACCUGUGAUGAUGUACAGGGAUUAGCUGUGAGUCAUACAAGUUCCUCCAAGAAGACAGAAAUUAAAGUCUACUGGAAUGCUCCAAGCAAUGCCCCAGAUCACAUACGAUUUCUAGCCACAGUUGUUCAGCAAUAUAAAAUCUACUGGGUGAAGAUUCCGAGUCCCGUAAUUUCCCAACCAAAUGCUCCUCCCUUUACAACGCCUAAAGCUACAACGAAACCUUUGACAAUGCCACCUCCUGUCUCACACUUAACCAAACCAUUCAGUGCCUCCGAGUGUGGGAACAAGAAGUUCUGUGUCAGGAGUCCUUUGAACUGUAACCCAGAGAAUGAGCCCGCAUGCGUCUUCUUGUCCUUCACCAGAGAUAACCAGUCGGUGAUGGUUGAAAUGAGUGGACCCAGUGAUGGCUACGUGUCGUUUGCAUUAUCUCAUGACCAAUGGAUGGGUGAUGAUGAUGCUUACUUGUGCAUCCAUGAGGACCAGACAGUGUAUAUACAGCCUUCCCACUUGACAGGGAGAAGUUAUCCCGUGAUGGACUCCAGGGGAGCGCUCGAGGAUAUGGCCUGGAGGCUGGCAGAUGGAGUCAUACAGUGUUCAUUCAGAAGAAACAUCACCCUUCCUGGGGUUAAGGACAGAUUUGUGCUGAAUGAAACCUACUACAUAUUCUUUGCAGAAGGCGCAGCUCAUGACGGCCGAAUUUUUAGGCACUCUCAGCAACCUUUGAUAACAUACGAAAAAUAUGACGUGACAGGCCCUCCAAAGAACGUAGGGGGAUCCCGCUCUUCACCCCUUUUAAAGACUCACGGUGCCUUAAUGUUUGUGGCAUGGAUGACCACAGUCAGCAUUGGAGUCCUGGUUGCCAGGUUCUUCAGAUCUGUUUGGUCAAAAGCUUUCUUCUUCGGGGCAGCAGCUUGGUUUCAGGUGCAUCGGACGCUCAUGGUUGCUACCUCUGUGCUCACCUGUGUUGCUUUUGUUUUGCCUUUUGUGUACCGAGGAGGCUGGAGUCGGCGCGCAGGCUACCACCCAUACCUCGGUUGUACAGUGAUGGCCUUAGCUGUCCUCCAGCCUCUGCUGGCAGCCUUCAGACCACCUUUACACGACCCAAGGAGGCGAGUAUUCAACUGGACUCACUGGAGUGUGGGGACAGCCGCUAGAAUAAUAGCAGUGGCAGCAAUGUUCUUAGGAAUGGAUUUACCAGGAUUGAAUCUUCCCAGUCCACAGAAGACCUACACAAUGAUGGGGUUUGUGGUCUGGCACAUCGGGACUGAGGUCAUCCUGGAGAUACAUGCUUACCGGCUCUCUAGAAAAGUUGAAAUAUUGGACAACGAUAGAAUUCAGAUCCUUCAGUCACUGACCGUUGCUGAAGCAGAGGGUCAUGUUUUUAAGAAGGUGGUGUUGGUGGUUUACAUAUGUGGGAAUGUGACUUUUCUCAUGAUAUUCUUAUCUGCAAUCAACCACGUGUGAACAUGAAAAGACUCUUCUUUUAUUGUUUUGUGGGCCCGAGUCCUGAUGAUCAUCAAAAUGAGAGAGACCCGAAGCUUGUACUGACCACCCGGAGCACAUACUAAGUCAGAAGGCCCACGGGCAUCGCUGUAGAGGACUUGUGAGGUCUGGUUUUCCUAGCUCACAUUCAAGUGGACUAAAUAACCUGUGCAUCGAUGUCAAUCAAACCUUUGUUUGUGCUUCUGCAUCCUGAAGGGAACAUUGUACCUGAGAUGACAUGACUGUCGACAUCCCAUGCCAGAUUUAAAACAGUAAACUGGAAUGAAUAGCAAGUGAAGACAACUAUCUCAGGCAAAGAAUAAAUGGAGAUUGUAUCUUUGGGAAUGAGACAGGUUUUGUGUUGCCCAGGCUGGCCUCUAAGUGACUGUGUAACCAAAGAAACCCAAAACCUCUGAUCUUCCUGCCUGUGCUUUCUGGGUGGUGAGAUUACAGGUGUGCACCACUGCAUCUGGUUUUAUUGGUGCUGCUGCUGUGGUACUUUAAAGAAUACAUUUGUGUUGACUAGUUUA